AUGUUCUUAAUCCGUCUCCGUUACUGCAGCGCGGCGCACGACUGCUCCACGGGCAAGAAGAGGAGAGCCGGGGAGCAGGCUUUGGGGGUGCCGGUCAACAAGAGAAAGUCCCUGCUCAUGAAGCCCCGACACUACAGCCCCAGCGCAGACUGCGAGGAGGGACGGGCUGAGAGGACGGCGGAGGCCUUGGGGCAGGACGGCCCCCCGGAGACCCACCAUCACCCCGGCGCAGAGGAAAUCAUGAUAAAACCAAUGGAGGAGAAGCUUCCUUCAACUGCACAAGAAAAUUCCGAUGGGAAGGAAGACAGAUACGGCCGUUAUCAAGAGCUCGUGGUCAAAUCACUAAUGCAUUUGGGGAAAUUUGAAAAAAAUGCAUCUGUUCAGACCAUAAGUGAGAACUUAAAUGACAGUGGCAUCCAGUCUCUAAAAGCAGAGGGGGAUGAAGUGGAUGAGUGCUUUAUGGUUCAUUCCGCCGAUGGAAAAGACAAAAUCGAUGAUUCGCAGCUGCGGUUCUGCUCCUCUGACGACAAUGAAAGUAACUCUGAAAGUGCAGAGAAUGGUUGGGACAGCGACUCCAACUUCUCAGAAGAAACCAAACCUCAGAGCGUCCCAAACACGUGUGAUUCGGAAACGGAAAGGAGAGACCCACAGAACGCUCCCGUGGACCCGUCAGAUGGCCAAGCCCAGCCCUCGUUCCCUGGGAGUAAGGAGGAUGAUCGCAGCCACGGGUGUCCGGCCGCGGGGGUGGAGGAAGCCGCUGCCCUAGAGAAAGCCAAGGGGAACUUGAGUUUGCUGGAGCAGGCGAUCGCCCUGCAGGCUGAGCGAGGCUGUGUUUUCCACAGCACCUACAAGGAGCUAGACAGGUUUCUGCUGGAGCAUCUCUCGGGGGAGAGGAGGCAAACCAAAGUCAUUGACGUGGGCGGAAGACAAGUCUUUACCAAUAAACAUUCACCGAGGCCUGAAAAGAGGGAGACCAAGUGCCCCAUCCCCGGGUGCGACGGCACAGGGCACGUGACAGGGCUGUACCCUCACCACCGCAGCCUUUCGGGGUGCCCUCACAAAGUGCGGGUUCCCCUGGAGAUUCUUGCCAUGCAUGAAAAUGUGCUCAAGUGCCCCACCCCGGGAUGCACAGGACGAGGGCAUGUGAACAGCAACCGCAACACGCACAGGAGUCUUUCUGGUUGUCCAAUUGCUGCAGCUGAAAAAUUGGCAAUGUCCCAGGACAAAAGUCAGCUUGAUUCUGCCAAAACCGGGCAGUGUCCUGACCGGUCAGGACACAGGACAAGCUUGGUGAAGCAAAUCGAAUUCAAUUUCCGAUCACAAGCCAUCAUCUCUCCCAGAGCUACGGUGUCAAAAGAGCAAGAGAAAUUUGGAAAAGUACCUUUCGAUUAUGCCAGUUUCGAUGCCCAGGUUUUUGGUAAACAUCCCCUCGUACAAACAGGUCAAGGCCGAAAAACACCACCAUUUCCUGAAUCGAAGCAUUUUUCCAAUCCAGGGAAAUUUCCUAACCGGCUGCUGAGUGCGGGCAUCCACACACCGAGCCCCGGCCGUGCCAGCUCGCACAGCCACGGUCAGCGCGGCGAAGACACCCACGUAGCGGCAGCUGCUGCCAUCCUGAACCUCUCCACCCGCUGCAGGGAAGCCGCAGACAUCCUCUCCAACAAACCGCAGAGUCUGCCUGCCAAGGGAGCCGAGAUAGAAGUGGAUGAAAAUGGCACAUUGGACUUAAGCAUGAAAAAAAACCGAAUCCUGGACAAAGCUGCACCCCUAACUUCCACUAACCCUUCUGUUCCAACUGCUUCCUCUUCCCCAUUCAAAACCAGUAGCCUGUUGGUCAAUGCCGCCUUCUACCAGGCCCUCUGUGAUCACGAGGGCUGGGACACGCCUAUCAACUAUAGCAAAGCUCAUGGGAAGACAGAGGAGGAGAAAGAGAAAGACCCAGUGAGCUCUCUAGAAAAUUUAGAGGAAAAGAAGUUCCCUGGAGAGGCCUCCAUACCAAGCCCUAAACCCAAGCUCCACGCAAGAGAUCUCAAGAAAGAACUAAUCACCUGUCCAACGCCAGGAUGCGACGGGAGUGGCCACGUCACGGGCAACUAUGCGUCUCAUCGCAGUGUUUCUGGAUGUCCUUUGGCAGAUAAGACUCUGAAAUCCCUCAUGGCGGCCAACUCACAGGAACUCAAGUGUCCCACUCCAGGCUGUGACGGUUCGGGGCACGUGACCGGAAACUAUGCCUCCCACCGAAGCCUAUCCGGCUGCCCUCGUGCCAGGAAAGGUGGUGUCAAGGUGACCCCUACGAAGGAAGAAAAAGAAGACCCUGAACUCAAAUGCCCUGUGAUCGGGUGUGACGGCCAAGGUCACAUAUCAGGUAAAUACACAUCCCACCGCACGGCUUCUGGCUGUCCCCUGGCCACCAAGAGACAGAAGGAGAACCCUCUCAAUGGGGCCCCCCUCUCCUGGAAGCUGAACAAACAGGAACUUCCCCACUGCCCGCUGCCCGGCUGCAAUGGGCUGGGCCACGUGAACAACGUGUUUGUCACCCACAGGAGCUUAUCUGGAUGUCCUCUCAAUGCACAAGCCAUCAAGAAGGGCAAGGUCUCUGAAGAACUAAUGACCAUCAAGGUCAAAGCAUCUGGAGGUAUAGAGAGUGAUGAAGAAAUUAGGCAUUUGGAUGAAGAAAUAAAGGAACUCAAUGAGUCCAACCUUAAAAUUGAAGCAGAUAUGAUGAAACUCCAGACGCAGAUCACGUCUAUGGAGAGCAACUUAAAGACGAUAGAGGAGGAAAACAAACUGAUAGAGCAGAGCAACGAGAGCCUGCUGAAGGACCUGGCGGGCCUGAGCCAAGCGCUCAUUUCCAGCCUCGCUGACAUCCAGCUCCCACAGGUGGGGCCCAUCAGUGAGCAGAAUUUCGAAGCGUACGUCAACACGCUCACAGACAUGUACAGCAAUCUGGAGCGGGACUAUUCCCCAGAAUGCAAGGCUCUGCUGGAGAGCAUCAAGCAGGCGGUGAAGGGCAUCCACGUGUAG